UAUUGCAUGUGAAAUGUAAUUAUAUAAACUGGUUAAAUUAAUACCUUUCAAAACAUUGAAUAUACCUGAUGUUUUAAACUUUAAUAUGAUGCCUUUUAUUUAUUUUUUUUAAGAAGACUGUCUCUGUAUGAUGGAUGCAUGCAUCAGGAAAAUGACACAGUUGUUGGACAAUGAUCAGUUUUUGGAAAAAGUUGGGGUAAACACAAAAUCCUGUCUACUAAGUGACCACCCACUAUGGCAAGAUUCUGCUGUGACUGACCUAGAGCAAGAUAACGGACUAUUAGUAACACAUAUCAACCAGGCACAUGAUCUACUGAGAGUACAAAUGAUGAAAAUUCAGUCAAAAAAGGUGCAAACCACAGAAGAAUGGCUAAGAAACUAUAGUUUAGAGUCCUUACAAUUAACGCUAGAGCACCUAAUAAACGAAGGCAAUAUUAUUUUGAAUUCAAGAAAUGCUGUCGAAGAGAUAGAGUUAACAGAAGAGACAGUUACUGACUUUAAGUGCAGACUUUCUGAAGCGGUUGAACUUUAUCAGCAGCGAAUUCAGUGGCUAUUGGAGGACAGCAAAAAGAUGUUUGGCCUUAUAAAAGGAACUAAAGUUGGACUUGUGGUGGAUGUAUCUGGUAUGAGUUGCAGACCAAGAUUGAUGAAUUUCCAGAAAGAUCUUUUGUGCUUAAUAGAUGAGCAGCUGUGUCAUAAGAAGCAAUUGUACUGCCUUUCAUUCAGUACUGAAGUUUCAUCUCUGUGGGAGAGUCCAAAAAACAUCAAUGUUCAUGUGCUUCAUGAAGCAAGACAGUGGGUGCAACAGCUGGAGCCUGGUGGAGGCUGUAAUUUGCUGAAAGCCUUAAAACACGCCCUUACAGUGAAAGAACUGGAUUCCUUGGUCCUUAUCGUAGGAAGCUGCCCUGAUCAGUCAUUGGAAAUACUGGCUGACUAUAUUCAGCAGGGUAUGCUUGGGAGAAAACUGCUGAUUCAUGCUGUUACAUAUGAUUGUAGCAAUUCUGCCUCUCUUGCAGUUCUAAAGAACCUUGCAGAAGUUGUAAGAGGCCGUUAUCAUUGCUACUCUUCAAAGGGAGAGAAUUUUGAUAGUAGUGAUGUUGAUCUACUGCGUCAGGAAUACCAGAAGGCUAAAGACUUAAUCAACAGCAUCAAACAGAUUUUUCAGAGACGAAUCAAUGGCUCACUUAUUAGUAGAAUAGCGGAUAUUUCCACAAAAUACACAAGUACAACACCUUCCAACUUCUUACCAAAGCCUCCAAAGCAUGAAGAACCAUUAGUUAUUCGAGUACCAAGCUUCCCAGCCAAAACCUCAAGAGACUGGUUAAAGACAAAUGGAUUGAAAGCUAAGAAAUUAAACCUUUAUCAGGUUUUGGCUCCUAAUGCUUUCUCUCCUGUGGAAGAAUUUGUACCUAUUCUACAAAAGACAGUAUCAUCAACUCUACACGAGAAAGCCAUGAUGCAAUUUGAAUGGCAUGAUGGAACUGUGAAAAAUAUCCACGUUGCUCCACCGGUAUUAUAUAACUAUCAAAAACUCCUUGGUAAAAUGGUAAGAAUCUAUGAGAGACGAAUUGACUGGCUAUCUGUUGCUAGCAGAAGAAUAUGGGGAAGUGUUUGUGAGAGGAGGGUGGUUAUACUCGUUGAUGUAUCAAUGACAAACUCUAUGUAUAUCAUCCACAUUCAACAUUCUUUGCGACUUUUGCUUGAAGAACAAAUGUCAAAUAAGGAUUACUUCAAUAUCAUAGCAUUUGGGAAUGACAUUGUGCCUUGGCAGCCAGAACUGGUUCCUUCCCAGUUGGAAAACUUACAAAAUGCUUGGAGGUGGAUAUUGAGCUUGCAGUGCAAAGGGAGUAGAAAUUUCAUGACUGCUCUCAGGAGAGCUGUGGAAGUAGACUUCAAAGACAAAGAUAAACACAAAUCACAGGGGAUGUAUCUGCUUACUACCGGAAUACCUGAUCAGGAAACACACACAGUUAGUGCUUAUGUGGCUGAGACUUGCAGAGGUUGUGAUUUGCAGCUUCAUGUCUGUCUGUUCAGUGUAAUGGAGGAUUUUGACUCCAAUGGCAUUAUUCCAGCUCGCUAUGCUAAUCCAACUGAAGCUGCCAUUGCUUUUAAAGAAAUAGUACAGGCAGCUAAUGGAAGAUUUCAUUGGUUUGGAGAAACAGGUAUUUUUGAAAGUGAUGAUAUCAACAUUAUUGUGACUGAAAUGGAAAAAGCAAUCAACUAUUCUCAAAAGUGUGCACUCCUAGUGAGAUCCUUAAAGCAACGUUCACAAAAUCAGUCUGUUAAUCCAUUUAUGCAAGAAAGAGACUCAAAGAUGCUUGCGAAAAAAAAGAAAAAAAGGCCACAGAAAUUGCCAUCUCCAAAACCCACAGCUCUGAGUCUGGCUAGAAUGCUUAAAGACAACCAUGGGGAAGAGAGAAAUGCUGAAAUAAGAGCACUGAAAUGGCAUCCUACUAGUGCCAAAGCAGAAAUUCCACCAGCACAAACAGUAAAAGAAUGGCCUCAGAUUGGGAAUAAAAGAAAACAUAAAUCAAGGAAACAGCCAGAGUUCUCUAUGUCAGUAUUUUAUACUGAUAAAGGAAGAAAUGUGGGUGCCGUAUACCGAAAGUAUCCAGAGACAAUAAGUGUAAGGAAGUCUGUUCCUUCUGUUGCAUUACCAAAAAAAGAAGAAAUUUGUUCAAGCAAAGAGUGGCUAGCCAAGUACAGUAUUAAGAAGCUUAAACUGGAAUUGCCCAGACUGGUGUUUGGUCCACACUGCACCCACCAAAAGAAAAUUGUGGAGUGUCUGCACAAGCAAGUGUCAGCAAAAUAUUGUACUAUCAUCCCUAGUGUAGAAAUAAAUGGGGUUGUGAAACACCUGCAGUUUCAACCUAAAGAAUUGGAAAGCUACGCUGAACAAAUAGAGAAGGUGUUCAAGCGCUAUAUACAAAGAAUACAGUGGCUUCUGUCAGGAAGUCGAAGAUUGUUUGGGACCAUUUUGGAAGCAAAUGUCUGUGUUUUGAUUGAUACAUCUGGUUCCAUGGAGCCUUAUUUGCCACAAAUCACAAAAGAACUUACCUCCCUCAUCUGGGAACAACUGAGAAAGAAUGAAGUCAGGUUUAACCUACUGAGCUUUGCAGAAAAUACAGAGAGUUGGAGGGAGAAUCUUGUGGAGGCAACUGAUGAAACAUGUCAUGAUGCUGUACAGUGGGUGUCCAAAUUCCAAGCUUAUGGUAAUACAUGCAUCCUUACGGCUUUACAGAAGGCUUUCAGUUUUCGAGAUAUAGAGGCACUGUAUGUAUUGACGGAUGGAAAACCAGAUACCAGUUGCAGUCUCAUUUUAAAAGAAAUAGAAAGAUUGAGAAAGAAACAAGACAUUAAAAUUCACACCAUUUCUUUCAGCUGUACGGACAGAAGAGCUAAUGAGUUUCUGAAGAAGCUUGCUUCCCAAACAGGAGGGCGCUACCAUUGCUGUUUUGGAGAUGUGGAUGGACAGUUAGCAGCACACAGAAUGUUGACAGAGGGGCUUGAUGAUGAUGAUAAUCCAGUUUUCCCGUGCUUUGAAGGAGAUGAUUUAAAGAAACUUACUCAAGAAAUAACGAAAGCCAGAAGAUUUUUAAAGCAAGCAAAGUCUUUGAAGUUAUUGAUAGAAAAAUGGAAUGUAAAUGAAAAGGACCAUUCUGUCUUUAAAAAAAAGUGCUCAGUUGUAGGAUUAAAAGACCAACAAAGGAUGCUGAAGAGAUUUGGAGUGGCACCGCUAACCAGCUUCUUUUCAGUACGGGGUUAAAGAUUCCAGCUUCAAGUGGAAAGAGUAGAAGAGGUAUUCCUUAUCUCUGAACUUCUGGCAAGAGGAUAGGUUACAGAUGACAAGUACUGCUGACUUACUCUACUUGCAAACUUCACGGAUCUCAGAAAUCAAGCCCUGAACUCUCCAAAGGUUUAAACAUAAGUAGAGAAUAGUUAUCAAUAAAGGUAGAACAAAUUAUAGAAAAUAGAGUGAAUUUCUAAUACAGUUAGUAGCUACACAGGUCACAACUCUUUGUUUCUCCUGAGACAAGGGAAAAUUAUUGUACUGCGUCAUACUAAGAAUUGCUUUGGUCAGUUGUCAGUAUGUCCAAGAUGUCUUUUCGGUAGUUGGUUUGAGAUUUGAUUGCUAGUGCUUAUCAUCUCUGACAGAUGGCUAUGAUAGUAGAAAGAAUAUUCCUUAUGCCAGUUUUGAAUUUAAAAAUUAAGAAACAACCUUAGUAGAGCAAACAAAGCUUGGAAUGAAGCUUUUUCCAGAAGUUUACUAAUAGUUAUUUCCAGUCUUUAUUUUUUAUGUUGUCAAUAGUGAAGGAUUUAGAGUGGAUGAUUCAGGAAUCUGCAGAAGUGUAAACAAGUAAUACCCUUGUCUUCACAGAAGUUCUGUUAAAUUCUUACAUAAGGAUUUCCUGCCCUAUGAAGAUUGAAAAUGUUGCCAGAACCUUAUGAGAAAAAUCCAGUUUAAAUUAUUUGCAAUACUCUGAAGCCCAUAUUUUCCAGUUGAUUUUUAAAAUAUGCAUUUUUUUAGUGAGGAACUUGGUGAUGACAGCUCAUUAGUAUUUUGUAGAUGUUUACUGGGUAGGUCUUUAAGAGGGUUAGGAUUUCAUACCAAAUGUUUGACAUAUGUAAUAUUUAAGGAAAAUGGGUUCAGACUACAAAAUUUAGAUCCUGGAGCUUAGUUUACUUAGGAGUCAUUCUUGCUCCUGAGUGCCAACUGAUGGAAAUGAUUGGAUAUACUUUGAUCUGGAAGAUAUUUUCUUUGCUUUUCGUCCAGUUUCUCUCCACAAAGAAUUAAAAACUGCUUACAUCAUAAAAGUCUCCGUGGUGUUGUAUGCUCUGCACCAGCUUACUCCUGCAUUCCAUAUUAGUUCUAGUCCACUGUAUAAUACUCCAGUUAAAGAUUCUUUGUGCAGAGCAUCAGUUUGUGAUUUUAGUGCAUGUAUUGGUAUCUGUAUAACUUCUGAGAUGCUUUGAUAUGAAAAUGUUAAUUAGAAAUGAGUAGGAUUAGCUACAUUUUUAUUGGGGGUAUAUAUUGCCCACCUGGAAAAUUUUAACCUGCCUACUGCCUCAGUCUGAGAAUUAUUUAGUCAGAAAAACACUUUAAGUAGGUGGAUCAUUAGUGAUCACCUGAUUGAGUGCUCUGUAAUGAUUUUUCUAUGUUAAUCUCAUAUAUGUAAUUUGUCUUCCUGGUUUGCACUUCCUGGAAUUCAGUUCAUUGUAUUUAAGACAUAA